AUGAACUGCAGAAACCUACCCGACGAAAUAUGCACCGAGAUCCUCUCGUGGCUUCCGGCGAAGCAGGUGGCCAGAUGCCGGAGCCUCUGCAAGGGCUUCCGCGCCGUCACCCGGAGCCAGUCCUUCGACCUCUCGCAGGCUCGUCGGGGGAAGGGUGACGCCGGCGUAUUCCUGCGCGGCUAUUUUGGGGUGUCCCAGUUGGUGUUUACGGAAGAGAGCUCCGAUGUGCCCCCGGAGUCCGUCCAAUUCCUGAGCAACGAGAAGAAAACGAUUUUCGGGUGCGACGGAGGGCUGGUCGUCCUUCUGGAGAAUGUGUAGGAGGGACAGGCCUCUUCGAGGCUCUUGCUCUACAAUCCCGCCCGGGUAGCAUCGUUGCCCCUGGGGAUACCAGGCGGCGGGAAGGUCCUUGACAACAUGAGUUCCGGCGCCUCGGCGAAGGCGUCGACGUGGACGUGGUCUGCGUCACCCCGACCGACUACUGGAGCUGCUUCAUGGAGUGCUGGCUCUCCUCUUGGGAGCGCAGGUGGAAGCUAGUGAGCGACAAGGUCUUCCUAGCCCAUAGAAGUAUCAAGAUCCACCACCCCGUCCUCUCUGCCAACGGGCUCAUCUACCUCGCUUCAACCUGCGGGAGACACAAGAGGCAAAUCCCCCCCUACCUUCUCGCCGUGGACGUGAGAGUUGGGAGCUCCAGGAUCCUGCCGCUGCCAGAGAAGGCGGCCCUCGCUUCGGACGACGGCGACAUAGAGAUCGCAGGGUCCGGCAGCGGCUCUCUCCUCAGCCUGGUCGUCUGCAACAGGGCGUCCGAGUUCACCAUUUGGGACGUGAAGGACCCCGACCGGUGGGUGUAGGAGGAGCGGGGCCUCCAUGUGAGCAUGGCCUCCAAGGGGCAGAAGCCGACAGUCUGUUGGAGCAGAUCACCUAUUGAUGAAGUAAAACCACCACUUGUACUAGAGAUCUGGAGAAAAACGUGAGAGCAAAAGAGGGGUUAGAGAAGCAAACAGAUUAUUCUACAGAAAGAAAACGAUUCUUCUCAUUAGCAUUUUAAAAUCAAACACCCGAUAGACAUUCUUAUAGAACACAUAGACAGACAAAUUCAAGCAAAAAGAACAGAAAAAUAAGGUCGUCUAUUGAAUCUGCAGAGUUGGAUCACCACCCAUCAUUCUUCUCCUUGAUCUUGCUCCUCAUCUCCAAUAAUGCUAAGUUCCACCUUCUCAUGCAUAUCAUUAAACUUCAGCCUUCCCAAUGUUUUAGUAAAGUCAUCUACCAAUCGCUCUUUAGUCUUCACAUACUCCAGUUCGAUCAGUUUUUGUUCUAAAUAAAAACGAAUAAAAUGAUAAUAUGUGUCAAUAUAAUUCGUGCGGCUGUGAUGAACUGAAUUCCUGCUUAGAUCAAUAGCUGAUUUAUUAUCAACCAUUAAUGAUGGCAAUAACCAUUUUUACCUCUUCUCCUUUUAACUCAGUAAUAAAACAACUCAAUCAGUUUUUUUGACAAGCUGCGACAAUGAUGGCAAUAUAUCUGCUUCACAAGUCAACAAUGCCACGAUCUUUUACUUCUUUGAGCUCCAACUAAUUGCCAUGGACCUGAAGUAGAACACUUGGCCUGUGGUACUCCUCUGAUCUUCUUCUACAUCUCCAGCAAAAUCAUUGUCGGUGUAGUCAAUUAAUUUUACUACAUCUUGACCUUUAUCGUAAACAAGUCCAUAGUUCAAUGUCCCCUUAAUGUACUUGAGGACUCUGUUCACUACUAGCAUGUGUUCAAAUGUCGAAUGCUCCAUAAAUCUGCUCAGAAGUUUGACACUAAACACAAAAUCAGGUCGAGUAUGAGUCAAAUACCUAAGACUCCCAAUCAUGCUUUGAUAGAUAGUGGGGUUUACUAUAGAAUUUGGCCCAUUCUUUGUGAAAUUCAACGUGUUUCCAUGGGAGUGAGAGCAGAAUUACAAUCCAUCAUACUGCACUACUCAAAAAUCUUCAAUGCAUAAGUUCUCUGAUUUAGAGAAAUAUGAGAGCUCCCUUGAAUAACUUCAAUGUCUAGAUAAGGGUUAAGUAAUCCUAGAUUACUCAUCUCAAAUAAGUUCAUCAUUUUGUUUUUAAAAUUAUGAAUGUGAAUAGUUUUUACACUUGUCACAAUCAAAUCAUCAACAUAGACAUCAAUAUAUAACUAAGAAUCACCAUUUUUUCUUGAAGUAAACAACAUGCUCUUGUUCACCACUAAUGAAAUCGAGAUAGGAUAAUUAUUGAUCUAGCUUGAAAUAUCAAACUCUUGGUGCUUGCUUAAGCCCAUAAAAGGCCUUUUUCAAUAUGAACACAUAGUGUUCUUUUUCUUUGGCAAUGAAGCCUUUUGGUUGGUUCACAUAAAUUUCCUCAUUAAUUUUGUUGUUCAAAAAAGUAGAUUUCACAUCCAAUGAUGUAUUUUCCAUCUACUUUGCGGUGCAAGAGCCACCAAUACAUGAAUGAACUCAAAUAUUGCAACUGGAGUAAAUACCUCUUCAUAAUCAAUCGCAUAUCUUUGAGUGUACCCCUUCACAACUAGACAAGCCUUGUGUCGUGUCACUUCUCCUCUAUAUUUUUUUUGAUCUUAAAUACUCAUUUGAGCCCAAUGGUUUUACAACCAGGUGGUGGAGAAAUAAAUUCUCAAGUAUCACUCUUCUUUAUUGCCUCUAAUCCUUCUUUUAUUGACUACUUCCAUUCUUCAUAUUCAGAAACUUCAAGAUAAGUUGUUGAUUAUUCUUGAGAAGUGCAGUAAAUAGUCAUGCUAAACGACAAUAAAUUAGUCUCAUUAUAAAUAUAUUGAACAGACCUUAAUCAACUUGCUUGCACCUCUUCUAAAGAAGAGAAUUCCUUUGAAUUUUUUGUGAAUGUUUCUUUAAGUAUAGGUUCCUUAUGUUCAAAAUUAUCAACCAUCAAAUUAGAGAGUGAACAAAGAUGAAAUCGAUCUUCAUCAUCUGCAUCUUCCUCUAUAUUCUAUUCUCAUUUGCUCCCUUCUUCAAAGACUACAUCCUUACUAAUAUGAAUUUUAAUAAUUAGAAGAUCAAGGCAGCUAUAGCCUUUGGUGCUAGUCUCCUAGCCAAUGAAAAUCAUAGGUCAGCAUCUAUCUUCUAAUGUUUCAGUCUCUUUCUAGUGGUUUUAAAAUGAACAAUAGAAUCAAAUACCCUCUAAUGGUUAACACAAGACAUCUUACCAAUCUAUUUUUCAUAUGGAAUUGCACCUUACAAGUAUUUCAUAGGUGACUUGUUCAAAAUAUAAAUACAAGUGCUCAUUACUUCUCCCCAUAGCUCCAAUGACAAGUUUUUCUCCUUCACCAUGCUUCUGACCAAGGACAUAAUAGUCUUAUUUUUUUUUCCCAUAACCUUAUUCCAUCAUGGUGAAUAAGAAGUCAUCAGUUGCCUUUUAAUACCUUGUUCAUCACAAAACUUCAUGAAUUCUUUUGAAAUAAAUUCACCCCCAUGAUCUGUCCUCAAGUACUUUAUCUUUAUCUCCUUUUCAUUUGGUUGCCUUAAACUUCUUAAAGGCUCUAAAAGCAUCUGACUUAUUCUUUAACAUAGCAACCCACAUGAGCCUAGAAAAAUCAUCAAUGAUUAGAAAAAAGUACUCAAGAGGCUUCGUGGCUUUGAAAUUUGAUGAGGAGGGCAAAACUUUCUUUGUUAUUUUCCAACAUAACUCUGAAAAAUCUCUUUAAGUUUUUUAAGAGAUGGCAUCCCAAUCACUUGAUUAGUCAUAGACAUUAAUGACUUAAAAUUUAAGUGCCCAAAAUGCUCAUACUAUAGCCAAAUCAUUUCAUCUUCUUCCUCCAUCAAUAGGUAGGUUUUCACUAUAUUCAACUUCAAUUGAUAUGGCUUGUCAUGAGAUCUGCACACUAUGGUCAAAAGUUUUCUAUUAAAAUUAUGAAUUACUAAAAUUUUAUUUUUCAAAUUCAUAUUGUAAUCAUCCUCAUCGAGUUGGCCAAGACUUAGGAUAUUUACACGCAACUUAAAUGUAUACAAGACAUUCUUUAAUUCAAAGUUCUCUCUAUUUGUACAUUUCACCACAAUUGACCCUUCGCCACAUAUGUCAAUACCUAAAUCAUCACUAAAUUUUACUCUCCCUAUUCCACUAUUGUCAAAAUGAUAGAAUAAGUCAUUUUUUCUAGUCAUGUGAGUAGUGGCACCCAUAUCAAGAUAUCACGUCACUAAUAGAGACAUCUCUAUCUUGGCCUUAGAUAAGAAUGGCUUUUAGUUCCUCAAAAAAUGCCAUGAGCAAUGCUGAUUCACUCUUUUCCUUGGUGUUGGCAAUAUUUGCCUUCUCAUCCUUCUUCUUUGGCUUCUUCCCAUUGUGACAUUCGGAAGCAAAAUGACCCAUCAUUUGUAGUUAAAAUAUUUUACCUUAGAUUUGUCAAAAGUCCUUCUUUCCUCAUCUUCAUUAUGAGUUUCAAAUGAUUUUCUUCGUCCUCUUUCUCUUCUUCUGCACGGCCAUACCACAAUCUCGGUUGGAUGAUUGCCCCCAAGGUUAAGCUUCAUCUUCUCCAUGGCUCUUGCUAGGAGAGUCUGUUGUUCUUUUCUAACCUCAUGAUCAUGAAGCCUUUACUCUUUGACCAACAAUGAUCCAAUGGCUUCUUCAAGUGUCAUUUUGUUCAAAUCUCCAUAUUACUCUAUGGUAAGUAUCAAGGAAUCAAACUUUGAAGGGGUGGAUCUAAGAAGCUUACAUAUUGCUUCUUUCUUAGAGAUUGAUUCACCCAAACUCUGUAACUCUAGCACAAUCUUAGUGAUCUUGACAGCGAAGUGAACUACGAGCUCUUCCUUUCUCAUGGAAAGGGCCUCAGUCACACCAGAGUCCAUCAACUCUUGACUCAACGACAAGAUCAACUCCAGUAUUGACAAGACGUAGAGCCUCUCAAUUUUGCUUUGCAAUCUUCUUGGUGUCGAGAUUUCUCAAGAAAUCCUCUAACACAAUGUUGAAAAUUAAAAAACAAUACCUACUUGUCAUUUUUCCUAAGAACAUCAUCACCCUCAAUGGCAUCUCACCAUCCUUGUGCCUCCAAAUAGCACUCCAUCAUCAUUGACCAAUGACGAUAGUUUGUCUUGGUCAAACAAAGUAGUUGUGUCGUCGCAACAAGUUUUGAUGACUUGGAUGAAGUAGCAACAGUCUUCAACAUCAUCACAGGUCUUAGAGUUAGAGGAUCUGAUACCAAUUGCUAGAGUAGAUCACCCAUUGAUAGAGUAAAACCACCACUUGUACUAGAGAUCUAGAGAAAAACAUGAGAUCAAAAGAGGGGUUGGAGAAGCAAAUAAAUUAUUCUAUAGAAAGAAAAAUGAUUCUUAUUUUAGUAUUUUAAAAUCAAACACUUGAUGGACAUUCUUAUAGACACGUAGACAAACAAAGUCAAGCAAAAAAAAUGAAAAAAUAGGGUCACAGUGAGAUAGAUGACAGUCUCAUACAAUAAGAAAAAUAAAUAAAUUAAGUAAGAUAUAGUCAAAUGCGGAAAAGGGGCUUGAUCGGCUCCUACUCCAAGCUCUACCUUCUCGAAGAUAAAUCUCAUCCAUUGAAUCUACGAAGGAGUUGGAUCACCACUCAUCAUGGUCAACGGCUACAUUCUCGUCUUCACAAUUGAGUACAUCUACAUCUACAACAUAUACAACAGCUAAGGGCAGAAGCUAAUCCUUCACCAGCCAAUGCUCCAUUCCUUUAUCUACUCAUACGUCAAUGCCCUCCAACCUUGUGAGAGAUCAAAGGAGGGAUGA